GGGAGAGGAAGUGUGUCCAUCUGAUGAAUGGGCAUGUGCCUGAUCUCAAUUUUAUACACUAAUUGUAGUCACCCAUUAAUUUCUAAUGAACGGUCAUUUUUGACCGGGAACACCGCAGGUUAAAUAAAACAACCCAAAACUUAAUGAAAAUCAUCUAAAUGUAUUUUGUGUGUUCAGAUGCCCUGUGUGGACAAAGUCAUGAAACCUUAUGAUAAUCAGAAUAAAUGAACUACAUUUGUCCGGGAGAAAACUUCGGACAAAUCGGUCCAAUUCGACCGGAACACAGCAGGAGGGUUACAAUUAUACACCAAAGUUAUACCAAAUUGAAGGAGAACGGUUGAACGGACUGAAAAAUAAGAACAACCUUACAUUAUGAUACAGAAGGGAGGGGAAAUGUAGCUAUAACAUUUGAAUCUACACCCCGGGGAGUGAUGCAGGCUGUGGAGAUUUCCGGUGUACAUUAUUAGUGGAUGGCGUUCCGCUCUCAUCUCGCCACCGUCCUCCGCCAGCCGAAAUAUUUAUCGGAAGGUCGACUCCUGUCCUGUCGCCAGAGGAAGAUGACUGAGAGCCAUACCGAAAUGGUUUCUGCCCUUCUACUAGUGGACGACCAGAGGUGUAUCACCUAUUGAUAAGAGCCGGUAGAAAACACACCUGUGGGACCUCACCAGCCCGACCAAAACCUGCCCCCAUAGCCGGGCCUUAUUGGAUACUCCUGGGCCUCCCCUUCACACAGUCAAAACUGAAUCAAUACGUGCGAAGCAGCAGGAUGACUGAGGCGUGGCAGCAGCACGCAGUGGCCCCUCCACCCACCGUGGUGCACAACCUCCCCCCGGGCUCCGACAGCGCCCUGGGCUGUGCCGUGUACGGGAUCGUCCUCCAGCCGGAUGUGGCAUCCCUCCAGCAGCAGCCCCAGCACGGCCAGCAGCAUGCCGUACCCGCCCAGCAGCCUUCCCUACAGGUAGGAGGCGAGGGAGGGCACAAGUGCGGAGCCUGCGGCCAUGACAUAUCCCACCUAGCUAAUCCACAUGAGCACCAGUGUAUGGGGACCGGGGAUCGGUCGUUCCAGUGUACCCAAUGUAUGAAGAUCUUCUGCCAGGCCACUGAUCUGUUGGAGCAUCAGUGUGUACAGGUGGAGCAGAAGCCGUUUGUGUGUGGUGUGUGUAAGAUGGGUUUCUCUUUGCUCACCUCGCUGGCACAGCACCACAACGCCCACAACAACGGCAACAACCCCAUGAAGUGUUCCAUCUGUGAGAAGACCUACCGCCCAGGUUCUGGCAACAACACCCCCACCUCCUCCGCCGCCAACCCGUCCACCGGCGAGGCCUCCAGUGGCGGGGCGGCGUGCGGAGCGUCAGCCCCUACGGCGUUUGAGGCUUCGGGACCGGACAGGCCCUACAAGUGCUCGGUGUGCCACAAGGGCUUUCGGCAUCUGUCUGAGUUGUCGAGACACGAGCGGGUGCACACGGGAGAAAAGCCUUACAAGUGUGACACCUGUGACAAGAGCUUCAGCCAGUCCUCUCACCUGGCCCACCACCAGCGCACCCACAGCUCAGAGCGGCCCUACAAGUGUGCCGUGUGUGAAAAGUGCUUCAAGCACCGCUCACACCUGGUGCGCCACAUGUACGCCCACUCCGGCGAACACCUGUUCAAGUGCAAUUUGUGCGAGAUGCACUUCAAGGAGUCGUCAGAGCUGCUGCACCACCAGUGCCAGCCCACAGUGACGUUGGACAGGCCGUUCCGCUGCGGCUCGUGCGGGAAGGGCUUCAAGCGGCCUUCGGAUCUGCGGCAGCACGAACGCACGCACUCCGAGGAACGCCCGUUCCAGUGCGAGGAGUGCCAGAUGAGCUUCAAGCAGCAGUACGCCCUCGUUCGUCACCGCCGCACUCACAAGAACCCGGCCGACCGGCCUUUUAAGUGUAACCUAUGCGACAAGGGUUUCCUGCAGCCCUCCCACCUGCUGUACCACCAGCACGUCCACGGCAUGGAGAGCCUGUUCAAGUGUGCUUCCUGCCAGAAAGGCUUCAGCCAAUCCGGUGAACUGCUCCGGCACAAAUGCACCGGCUCAGGGUCGGCGUCUGGCUCCGUGACCGCGGCCACGCCGGCGGUGGAGAAGCCCUACAAGUGUGACGUGUGUGGCAAAGGCUACAAGAAGAAGUCGACGCUCCAGCGCCACCAGAACUCCAGCUGUCAGGAGAAGCCGCUGAAGUGCUCCCUGUGCAACCGGCGUUUCCUGUCGCCGUCUGAGUUCGUGACGCACCGCUGCGACCCGUCACGGGAGAAGCCCCUGAAGUGCCCCGACUGCGAGAAGCGCUUCAAGUAUUCCUCGGAGCUGCAACGGCACCGCCGCGUCCACACCGGAGAGAAGCCUUACAAGUGCUCCAGCUGCGACAAGAGCUUCAAGCAGAGGGAACACCUGGUGAAGCACCAGGCGGUGCACUCGCGGGAAGCCCAGUUUAAGUGCGUGUGGUGCGGGGAGCGUUUUGUGAACCUGGGAGCCCUCCAGGAGCACACGGUCCAGCACACUGCAGAAGGAGGCGGUUAUCCCACAGCCCCGUGUAUACAGUGAGCAGGUCUGCUGCUGUUGAGCGCCUGUACAGUGUGAACACACGCGGUGACAUGGAACGUUGCCCGCCAGGCACGCAGCAACACUCUUCCUGACACCUUAUUUGUAUAUAACCACACAUCCAUUAUUUACAUUUAGUUACACACACCCCCCUCCCUCCCCCACUCCUUUUGCAUAAACAUAAUAAUGGUAUAUACAUAAACAAUGGUAAAACUCUGCUUAAUCCUGACCAUGAAGUUAUUAUUGACACCUUCUUCCUCACACCAAGGUAAUCGUGCCCAUGUUCUGCCCUUCAUUAGUGACUUCCAACUACCCAUGAUCCCAGAUCAACUGAAAACAGUACAUGAACUACCCAUGACCCAGAUCAACUGAAAACAGUACAUUAACUACCCAUGACCCAGAUCAACUGAAAACAGUACAUUAACUACCCAUGACCCAGAUCAACUGAAAACAGUACAUUAACUACCCAUGAUCCCAGAUCAACUGAAAACAGUACAUUAACUACCCAUGACCCAGAUCAACUGAAAACAGUACAUGAACUACCCAUGAUCCCAGAUCAACUGAAAACAGUACAUUAACUACCCAUGAUCCCAGAUCAACUGAAAACAGUACAUCAACUACCCAUGAUCCUGAUCAACUGUGGUCACCUUGUUGAAUGCAGGAAAAAUGCAACUUGAAAAGGAAUGUUUCAAUCUGAAAAGGCAUUGGAAAUGUAUUCAUGCGUUGUAACAUCAAAUAAUUAGGAGUUGCUUUUUAAAACAUUUAUGGAAAUGAACUGUUUAAGGAAAUUGGGGGGGGAUCUUAUUCUCUGACUCCUUUAUGGUCAUAUCAUUUCUUUGCUGUGGUUUGGGUUCAAGUUUUGGCCACACUACGUGUUGAACUCCUCCUUAACCAUCUGGUUGGCUGUUUAGUAAUGCCCAAUAAACCCCACCCCUCAUAGACUUAAAUAUACGUUUCUGCAUGAGUAUAUUUAAGCAAUAUGGCCCGAGGGGUUGUGGUAUAUGGCCAAUGUACCACGGCUAUGGGCUGUUCUUAUGCACGAUGCAAUGCGGAGCCCUUAGCUGUGGUAUAUUGGCCAUAUACCACAACCUCCUUGAGGUGCCUUUAUAAACUGGUUAUCAAUGUAAUUAGAGCAGUUAAAAUACAUGUUUUGUUAUACCUGUAGUAUACCACGGCUGUCAGCCAAUCAGCAUUCAGGGCUCGAACCACCCAAUUUUUAAUUGUGAAAUAUGUUUAUAUUUAGCAUCACUGUUGUACUGUAGUAGCUUAGGUUUGCUUAAAAAAAAAAGAAGAAAAAAAAUGUGACAAGUUAUAUCUUGUGUCCUCUUUGGAAAAUCUGUGGUAGAUAAACUGUCUCAUCUUUGUACUAUAAUGAAUAGCAACUACUGUAGUAUGUGUCAAUGGGAAUAUUUCCCCGCAUUCUGGACUACUUUGGCUCCCUAUGUCAUAGAAAUAAACACAUACCAUAUCUCUCCGUCAACGUGGGGCUCCCGAGUGGAACUGCAUCUCAGUGCUAGGAGGUGUCCCUACAGACCCUGGUCCGAUUCCAGGCUGUAUCACAACCGGCCGUGAUUGAGAGUCCCUUAGGGGGUGGCGCACAAUUGACCCAGUGUCGUCCGCGUUUGGCCCGGGGGGUCCGCGUUUGGCCCGGGGGUUAGGCCCGUCAUUGUAAAUAAGAAUUUGUUCUUAACUGACUUGCCUAGUUACAUCAAAUAAAAUGUGCACAGGGAAUGGGCCGACGAUGCUCACAACCUCUGAAUCCUA